UGCGGAAGGAGUUUUAACUUAGUUCAGUUUUUCAGUUUUUUUUUCCAAUUGAGAAAAAUCCGAAUACCUAAAGAAGAAAAAAGAAUACCUCGCAUCAUGAACUUGAAUCUUGACGAGCACUUCAAGCAGUCCCAGGGGCAAGAGGCAAGUUCUUCGCGCGUUACUGUACGCCGCAACCGACAUCUGUCGCUCGACGAUGAGAAUACUUCAAAGAAGCCUCAAGCGCUUGACAUUGAGCCAAAGAAGACUCGGAUCGAAUUUUUAAACUUGGAGAAUCUCCGACCAAGUCGCCGCAAUUGUAAAAAGCGACAUCUCGACGAUCGCACUGCAGGACCCAAGCCACUGGAGGAUUCUCCUGCCAAGAACCCAAAGACGCGUCGCUCAUUGUUCAAAACAUUUGAGGCAGACAUCAAAGAGCCAAAGAAGGAGCCAAUGGAGCCGGUAGUGGCCCAAUAUGAUCCUAUGGCAGCGCUGUCCAAGACCUUGGCUAGCCUUGAAAUAUCCCACUCAAUGGAUAUCGAUUAGGAGGAAUAACCGAUUUACACACACACAUACACAAAUAGGGGGAGGGAUCAAUUUCAAUAUAAAAAUAAAUCUAUUGGGCCAAAUCGGAGACAUUUUUCUUAAUCUU